AUGCCCAUAAACGAGGCGCUCCGCAUGGAGUUAGAGGAGAUCGACGACGGAUCACAGGAGUGGAAGAAGUCGGAGGCUGGUAGAGCAUGGGUUUCUUGCAGAAAGAAGAUCAUAAUGAGAAGGUGGAUGGGGGAGAGCAUUGGUAUUCUGGUACCGCAUACAGAUGAGUAUGCCGAAGCGGACGUCGGUAUCGCCAAAUGGGCCAAUUGGAACCCGACCAAGCCGCCUAAGCGGAUUGCAGCUGGCGAGAGGCCUCUGUACAGGGAAGCAUCGAUAUCGAGCGGCGAAGAGCCAGAUGCUAUCUCCGAGUCGGAUCAGUCGAGCGACGGAAGCUACGCCCAGAUCUAUAGAGACAAUCUCGCGGACGAGAUACCCGGUGUCAUGGGCAAUGUUGCCAUUGUCUCUGACGACGACAUGGACGACGACGACAUGGACGGCGACAUAGACGACGACAUGAACGACGAUAUGGACGAUACAAAUUCCGACGAAAGCUUUGUGGCAGGCAUAGACUCUGGCUCUGAAGCUUCCUCUAAUGAUGAACAAGACGAAGAAAAGAUCGCCAACGAGGAAGUCGAAGAUGCUUGGCAGGGAAACGCAAACUUCAGAGAGUACCUCGCCAGGGUCGCAAAGCGACAGAAAAGAAAUCAUGAUCAGAGAGAGGCUCAAGGACAGUCUUAG